AUGAUUCUUCUUGCUGUGUUUUUUCUCUGCUUCAUUUCCUCAUAUUCAGCUUCUGUUAAAGGUCACACCACUGGUCUCUCACUCAAUAAUGAUCGGCUAUACAAACUCUCAUACUCCACUGAAGUUUUUCUUGAUCGAGGAAAAGGAAAACUCCAAGACACUGUGGGCUACCAAAUUUCAUCCAGUGUCGAUGCUGUCUUAUUGUGGAGGAAUCCUGAUGGGGAUGAUGACCAACUGAUCAAAAUCACGAUGAAUGAUGUGAAUGUGGAAAAUGUCAAUCAGAAAAGAGGGGAGAAGAACAUCUUCAACGGAAAAAACACACCCAAAAUCAUAGGAAAGGAAAAUUUGGAAGCUCUGCAAAGACCUGUACUUGUUCAUUUAGUCCACGGAAAGGUCAAAGAGUUCUACUCAUAUCAGAACGAGCCAGUGGCCAUAGAAAAUCUCAAAAGAGGCCUGGCUAGUUUAUUUCAGAUGCAAUUAAGCUCAGGAACCACCAAUGAGGUAGAUAUCUCUGGGGACUGUAAAGUGACCUACCAAGCUCAUCAAGACAAAGUAACUAAAAUCAAGGCUUUGGAUUCAUGCAAAAUAGCAAGAUCUGGCUUUACUACUCGGAAUCAGAUCUUGGGUGUCAGUUCAAAAGCCACAUCUGUUACUACCUAUAAGAUAGAAGACAGCUUUGUGAUAGCUGUGAUCGCAGAAGAGACGCAUGCUUUUGGGCUGAAUUUCCUACGAACUGUUACAGGCAAAAUCGUUUCAAAGCAGAAAUUAGAGUUGAAGACAACUGAUGCAGGACCAAGACUAAUGUCUGGAAAGAAUGUUGCAGCUGUAAUUAAAGCAGUUGAUUCAAAGUACUUGGCCGUUCCCAUUGUAGGACAGAUCUUUCAGAGCGAGUGUAAAAGAUGCCCAUCUCUCUUGAAGCACUGGCAGUCCAUCAGAAAGGACCUUCUCCCUGACAACCUUUCCAAGGUUGGGGCUGUCAGAAGCUUCCUGACCUUGAUUCAGCACCUCAGGACAGCAAAGAAAGAAGAGAUCCUCCAAAUCCUCAAGACUGAAGAAAAGGAAGUACUACCUCAACUGGUUGAUGCUGUCACCUCCGCCCAGACUCCAGACUCAUUAGAAGCCAUUUUGGACUUUCUGGAUUUCAAAAGUGACAGUAGCAUUAUCCUCCAGGAAAGAUUUCUCUACGCCUGUGGAUUUGCCUCCCACCCCAAUGAAGCACUACUGAAAGCCCUCAUUAGUAAGUUCAAAGGUCCCUUUGGGAGCAAUGACAUCAGAGAGACUGUGAUGAUCAUCAUUGGUGCCCUGGUCAGGAAGCUGUGUCAGAAUGAAGGCUGCAAACUCAAAGCAGUGGUUGAAGCCAAGAAGUUAAUUCUGGAAGGACUUGAAAAACCAGAGAAAAAAGAGGACACCACGAUGUACCUGCUGGCUCUGAAGAAUGCCCUGCUUCCAGAAGGCAUCCCGAUGCUUCUGAAAUAUGCAGAGGCAGGAGAGGGGCCAGUUAGCCACCUUGCUACCACCACUCUCCAGAGAUACGAUAUCCCUUUCAUAACUGAUGAGGUAAAGAAGACUUUGAACAGGAUAUACCACCAGAACCAUAAAGUUCAUGAAAAGACUGUGCGUACUACUGCAGCUGCUAUCAUUUUAAAUAACAACCCAUCAUACAUAGAAGUUAAAAACCUUCUUCUUUCUAUUGGAGAGCUUCCCAAGGAAAUGAACAAAUACAUGCUCUCCAUGUUCCAGGACAUCCUACGUUUUGAAAUGCCUGCAAGCAAAAUGGUCCGUCGAGUUCUGAAGGAAAUUAUUGUUCACAAUUAUGACCGUUUCUCGAGGAGCGGUUCCUCUUCUGCCUAUACUGGCUACGUAGAACGUGAUCCCUAUUCAACAUCUACAUACAGCCUUGAUAUACUAUACUCCGGUUCUGGCAUUCUAAGGAGAAGUAACCUAAACAUCUUUCAGUACAUUGGCAAGUCUCAUCUUCAUGCUAGCCAGGUGGUCAUUGAAGCUCAAGGACUGGAGGGCUUAAUUGCAGCCACUCCUGAUGAGGGAGAAGAGAAUCUUGACUCCUAUGCUGGCAUGUCACCCAUCCUCUUUGAUGUUCAGCUCAGACCUGUCACUUUUUUCAACGGCUACAGUGAUUUGAUGUCCAAAAUGCUGUCAGCAUCUGGUGACCCUGUCAGUGUGGUGAAAGGACUUAUUCUGUUAAUAGAUCAUUCCCAGGAGAUUCAGUUGCAAUCUGGACUAAAAGCCAAUACAGAUGUCCAGGGUGGUCUAGCUAUUGACAUCUCAGGUUCAAUGGAGUUUAGUCUGUGGUACCGUGAGUCCAAAACCCGCGUGAAAAACCGGGUAGCCGUGGUAGUAACUGGUGAUAUUACAGUGGACUCCUCUUUUGUGAAAGCUGGCCUGGAAAUCGGUGCUGAAACAGAAGCAGGGCUGGAGUUUAUCUCCACAGUGCAGUUUUCUCAGUACCCAUUCUUAGUUUGUCUGCAAAUGGACAAGUACGAAGCUCCAUUCAGGCAAUUCGAGACAAAGUAUGAAAGGCUGUCCACAGGCAAAGGUUAUGUGUCUCGGAGAAGAAAAGAAAGGCUAGUAGCAGGAUCCGAAUUCCCACUCCAUCAGGAGAACUCUGAGAUGUGUAAGGUGGUGUUUGCCCCUGAACCAGCGAGUAAUUCCAACAGUUGGUUUUGA